GUUUACUUGGCGUUGUUUUAGGCAGUCUCCCCCUUAUUUUUAGAACCUGUACGUUUUGUUUCAGUGGCGCAGAUGCUGUCCGGAGCUCGCGGGCUUGGGAACGCGUAUGUUGAGCCUCAGCCGAGGAUUAGGCGCGAAGGGGUCACUUCUUCUCUAUUGUCGUACCGAAUUCAAACCACGGACCACGUAUUAAUUCCCUGUUCAUGAUCUGGCUUUUUUUGAUGCAACAAGUGCAUUGCGCAAGGAAUUCGCUUUAGAGCUUUCUGUACGCGAGAGAUUGACUCCCGGGGCAUUCAUCAGCCUUCCAUUUUGCCCAAUGCCCAGCGGUUCAGACUGCCAAGGCCAAGCGAGACACUCGAUAUGGAUGGCGCCGAUGCGGUGAUGGCGAGAGACGCCUGGGCGUCAAUUCCAUCGAGCCUGCUCCAUGCCGAACUCCAACGACGACGGGACCAGGGCGAGAGACCGCAGUGCGGCGGGCACAACUCGGGAUGGUAUGACACGGCUGCGCAUGUCUUUGCGCUGCUCCUCAUUCUCGUCCUGAGCACAAUCGGUUGCGGCUUUCCGCUGCUAUCCCGGAGAGCGACGACGGGGCAUCGACAAAAGACAAUCAUAUUCUACUGCCAGCAUAUCGGCACCGGCGUGCUUCUCGCCACGGCAUUUGUGCACCUGCUGCCGACCGCCUUCUCAUCCCUGACCGACCCAUGCCUGCCGUACUUCUUCAGCCAGGGAUACACUCCUUUCCCAGGGCUCAUUGCCAUGGUCUCCGCCAUUGUCGUUGUGGGAGUCGAAUCAUGGCUGACCGCUCGGGGCGCAGGCCACUCACAUUCGCAUGCGCACGACUUCUGGGACGAGAACGACGAGGCUGAAGGGGAUGCGCAAGAGUUGCACAUGGCCGGCGAGGGCUUGUCUAGCAGGCGCUCGCAUGUAACGGGACGACGACCGGCAAACAUCUCACUCGACCACUUGGAGGCAGCAGAAGGGCUCAUUGCAGGCGCCUCGCCCUUGCCUGAGUCGAGCCCCGCGUUGCAGCGGCGAAGGUCUACAGACGAUGACGACCGAGAAUCGGACCUGGACCUGGACCUGGCGGAACUCGAUCCCGCCCCUCCCGGUGGGAGCGCUCAGAACGGUGCUUAUUCUUCGCUUGCCAAGCCCAACACCCGACGUGGAGGCGAGACCUCAGAUGGGAACCAGAUACAGUCUCCUGAAGAGCAGAAACGUCGGAUGCUGCAGUGCCUGUUGUUGGAGGCCGGCAUCUUGUUCCACAGUGUGUUCAUAGGAAUGGCCAUCUCUGUGGCUACCGGCCCGGCCUUUGUCGUCUUCUUAGUCGCUAUCAGCUUCCACCAGUCGUUUGAAGGCAUGGCCCUGGGCAGCCGCAUCGCAGCUAUACAGUUCCCCAAGGGAUCCAUCCGCCCCUGGCUCAUGGUCCUCGCCUACGGAACCACGACGCCCAUCGGCCAGGCAAUCGGCCUCGUCCUGCAGAGGAAAUGGGACCCGAGCAGCGCCACGGGCCUCGUGGUCGUGGGCGUCACAAACGCCAUCUCGUCGGGCCUGCUGCUCUACGCGGGCCUUGUGCAGCUGCUGGCCGAGGACUUCUUGACGGAGAAGAGCUACCGCAUUCUGAAGGGCAAGAAGCGCGCCCAGGCCUACUUUUCCGUCGUGGCUGGCGCUGCGCUCAUGGCAGCCGUAGGAGCGUUUGCUUAGCCCUACCUUGGCCAGUGUCUUUGUGUCAUUUGUGUGUGUGUAUGUUUGCCCAAAAAGAGGAUUCGCAUCUCGCGUUGAUAUAGUCUACAUUCUUUCUUUCUUCCCCCUUGAUUGAAUUCAUCUAUUUUAUGAGCUGCCGUUUGGCGUUGGUAGGUUAGGGCGGCCAACUUUUAUAGACAUGGAACUUUUGUUUUAAGCAUGUAGCAUGUAGCAUCUACUCUUUAGAUACGAGGGCUUUGUCGGAGUUUUGCGAGCAAAAUAUAUGGCAUGUGUGUUCAUUCACCUUGAGUCUGGUCAUGCCUGAUGAG